AAUGUUCGAGUUUAGCGGUCAGUAAUAUAUUUAUUUUAAAAUCUGAAAGUUUAUUUAACAUGUAUUAAGUGUAACAAGAUCGUGUACAAAUAAGCUGUAUAGUAGAGCAAAAUGUCACUGCAGGCAUUGUGCCGGCUACGGCCGAGACAGUGCAUAAAUAGUUUACUCCACGCCCGCAACGCUGCACCGACGUUCCACCGAUGUGUUGGGAACCGAAAUCCGGUGGAUGCGGCAAGACAGCACAAAAUACGAACUACGCUUUACUAUGUGGCAGCCGCUGGUGUCCUGACUGUCGGCAUGAGCUAUGCUGCCGUACCGUUGUAUCGAAUGUUCUGCCAGGCGUACAGUUACGGUGGUACCACCGGGCAGGGACAUGCCGGUGACAAGGUCGAGCAUAUGCAACGAGUGAAGGACCGUGUGAUAAAAAUUACCUUUAAUGCCGAUAUUGGUGCUUCAAUGCGGUGGAAUUUCAAGCCGCAGCAACCGGAGAUAAAGGUGGUUCCAGGGGAAACAGCACUAGCUUUCUAUACAGCGAAGAAUCCAACGGAUCAACCGGUAAUUGGAAUUAGUACAUAUAAUGUGAUUCCGUUCGAGGCGGGCGCGUAUUUUAAUAAAAUACAAUGCUUUUGCUUCGAAGAGCAGCAGCUUAAUCCACAUGAAGAGGUGGACAUGCCGGUAUUUUUCUAUAUUGAUCCAGAAAUUAUGGACGAUCCAAAGAUGGAACUGGUGGACUCCAUCACUCUGUCCUACACUUUCUUUGAGGCAAAAGAAGGCGUAUCUUUCCAAAUGCCUCCAUACGCCACGAAACAUAGUUCUAAAUAA